AUGCUUCAAUCAGUUGUGCUUAAAGCUCGUGUCGAUGACCUAGAGGAAAUGGAGACCUUAAUUUUCGACCUUACCGACUCAUUGGGCACUUUCUUCGUUCAGGAGGACGUGUAUUUCAAUGUGCCCAAUGGCAACCUCAAGCUACGUAUCAUGCAUCCAAAUACUUUCAAGCAACACUUAAUGGCUCAUGCACGUACUUUGUCUGAAAUGAUGGUCAAACAAAUAAAGUUCUACCAAGCCCAGAAAUCGUUUUGUGGCGUGAUUUCUCUUAGACCUAACAACUUAGGAAUUGCUUUAGAUUCGCUGCUAGUCGUCUUUGCUGUGUUCCUAUCUCAUGUUUCUGCAUUUAAGGCUACACUUGGUGCAGCUCUUGGAGAACGAGGUGCGAUCACAAAAAAACGUCGGGUGUUUACAAUGGAUGACGUAAGGAUCUAUUUGGAUGAUGUUGCUAACAUUGGGCAAUUUAUUGACAUAACAGUGAGUUUUUUUUAA